CCAUGAAGUUACAGUUCGCUGGUCACAAAGGAGCUUGGAGCCUAUCCCAUGGAGCACGGGGCACGUGGCAGGGGAGACCCUGAACGGGGUGCCAACCCAUCGCAGGGCACAGUCGCACAAACAUUCGCACAUCCAUUCAUACAAUAUGGGCAAUUUGGAAAUCAGCCUACAACGCAUGUGUUUGGACUGGGGGGAGGAAACCCCUGAAGCACGGGUAGAACAUGCAAACUCCUCACACACAGGGUGGAUGCAGAAUUCGAACUCCCAACCCCGGAGGUGCGAGGCAAACAUGCUAACCACUAAGCCACCACUAAAAGUUAAGUGCACCUAUAUGGUAAAUGUAUGUGAUAAAAUGGCCAAUGAAUGUAGCUACAAGGUAGUUGUAAUGAAUAAACUGGCAUCUCACUGAAGCCUAGAGGCCAUGAAAAUAAGGAAUUGACUAGUCCCUUUAUUUAAAUGUUUUGGAAACUUUUGAGCUUGUAAAAUUACAUUUCUGUAAAAUUACAUUUGUUAUACUUAGGAACUACACUAACAGCAUAGAUGGGUAAGAUUUUUAGAGAAUUAAUAUAUAAUGAAGGCAAAUUUUGUAGUCAUAUGCAUGUCAUAUGCAUACCUUGGUGUGGGGCAAAUGGGUAAGUGGGUUUUAGGGCAAAUUCUGCUCCUGAAGGCUAAAAGUAUAAAGUAUUGGAAUGGCCCUUAAGAUGGCCACAGGAAUUCCUCUGAGGGGAAAAUGAAAAAGGGAGGUCAAGAAGUGUGUUGUUAAAAACAGCCGACGUACUUGGAGAUGCCAAGGUCAACAUAUUUUGUCUGGUUUCCCUUAUCUAUCACCCCCAAUUCACAACUAAACUAGUUAUUUGUGUUAUACAGAUAUACAGUGCAGCACUAGGAUUGGGAAUUUCUGUCCCAUCCAAACCUGAAGUGGAAUUAUGCCAUGUUCCCAGUUUGUCACUCCAGAUAUUCAUGAGUGCACUCUCAUGACUUGCAUAUCACAGUUGAAAGUUGUGUCUCAGUGUGUGUCAAUGUGUGUGUGUGUGAGAUGGACUGGCCUCCCAUCCUACUUCACACACAGUGUUGCCGUGAUGGGCUCCAGUUUCACCACAACCCAAACCACCAGAAAGCAAGCUGCUUAUGAGUGAAUGAAAUGAAAGAGAUUGUUUUCAACAUUGUCUCAGAUAGGUGUGUCCACAAUGCAUUUUAUUAAAGAAUUUCAAGGGUUAGUUUAAAAUACUGGUAUGAAUUUGAAUUAAUAUUCAGUAAUAAUGAUACGGACUCAGUCAUUUAAAAAAAAAGAAACAACAGCAACAUUAAAAAAAUAACGGCAGGCUAAAUGCUAAUGUCAAUUAUGAAAAUAUUUGACACCCACCCCCACCCACACACGCGCACAUUCACACACACGCGCACACACGCGCACGACGGGAGAUUUGUCGAAUAUGGGUGGGAAGUAUGUCACAUGGCUGCACGCAAAAGAAGUAGCGACACUUCCGCGUUUUUAGUAAAUCCCGCCCUUCUUCAAGUUCAUUGGGCUAUUCAGCGGCUUACUACGUCAGGUCCGGCAAGUGGCUCAGUUCUAUUGGCUUCGAGAGGAGAUCAAGUUUUCUUACACGAGACGGUGGUUUUGUUUUGGUGGGAAUUCAGCGCAGGGCAAGGUGCAAGUUCAUUUAAACGAAUUAAAGACUUCAUUAAACGACUCGGUGGUUUGUUCUUCGCUGUUUUAUUUUUUAAUGUGUUAGUAUGUAAUGUCCUUUUCACUGUCGCUGGACGUUAGAGAGCUUUUUAAGGUCUUCAUGACACUAGAAACACAUGACCGCUGCAGUAAGUUGCCCUCUGACAUGAACAAAUGUUUGUUUAAGAAGAUGCUCUUCUCAAGUUAACUUCCUGGACUAAUUCACACACAGUGAAUAUUUACUACCUGCUAAAAAGGUUUCAAGGAGACGUUGGCCCUUUGACUCUGGAUAGUUAAUAAUAGGGACUUUAGGCUGAGUCUCUGGCUUUGGGGCCCCCUGACGAUUUGGGCCCCUGGGCCUGUGCCCAAUAGGACCGUUCGGUAAUCCACUCUCGCCGCCAAGCUGCCACUGUUACCCUUGAGCAAGACCCUUAUCAAUCAUCUGCUCGGGUGUAUUCAGUUUUGAUAAUUCUUCACCCCGGCUGAAUGCUUCAGGCUUUACCUCGGCUGAGCAGAGCUGUGGAGAGGAUUCGCCGUAUGGGAGCUCAUCUCAGCAGUAUGGCCCAAAAUGGCAGCGCUGAGAACGGAGAAGCAGUCACAGCCGCUAUCAUCAUCAUCGGCGAUGAGAUUCUUAAGGGUCACACGGUAGACACCAACAGCACCUUCUUGUGUCGCGGCCUGCGCAAGCUGGGGGUCAAUGUGCAGCGCAUUUCAGUGGUGCCCGAUGUGCAGGAGGUCAUUGCUAAGGAAGUGGCUGCGCUCUCACCCACGGUAACACACCUGAUCACGGCAGGUGGCAUUGGACCCACGCAUGAUGAUGUGACCUUUGAAGCAGUGGCGCUGGCGUUCGGUGAGAACCUGCAUGCCCACCCAGAGCUCACACGCCUCAUUGAGCAGUUCUUCGGCACCGUCAAUUCUACCAGUGCCACCAUGAAACUUGCCACAGUGCCUUCUUCUGCAAAGCUGAACUACGGUCGUGACCCUCAGACUGGCGAGUCUCUGCGCUUCCCGCUGGUCAGCGUACGCAAUGUCUACAUGUUCCCUGGCAUCCCUACACUUCUGGAGCGUGCCUUCAAUGGCCUGGUGCACCUGUUUGCCAGCCCGGGAACUGCUUUUCACACGCAUGAGUUGUUUGUGGAUGCUGACGAAGCAGAAAUUGCGCCCAUCCUGACGAGGCUACAGUCGGAAUGGGGAAAACGUGUAGCACUCGGUUCAUAUCCUGACUGGCUGAGCAACUACUACCGCGUGAGGCUGGUGCUGGACUCUGAUAGUGCUGAAAAGGUGGAGAGGGCACAGGCCCAGCUGGAGGAGGAGCUGCCUAAAGGGAGUGUGGUGCGGCUGGUCAGUGAUCCUGUAGCUGUUGCUCCCCAUGAGGUCUACUCGCUCGCCUUGAAUGGAUCACCCUUGGGGGAGAAAGUAGCUUCAGCUCUGAGGACGAUCGAGAAGGCACUAGAUCAUUACCGACUGAACGAGAUCUGCAUCGGCUUCAAUGGUGGCAAAGACUGCACGGCACUGCUUCAUCUUUUCUACGCUGCCCUGAAACGCCGCUAUCCAGACAGUAAAGACAAAGUGAAAGCUCUGUACAUCCGAAUUGUCUCCCCGUUCCCCGAGAUGGAGAGAUUUCUGCAGGACACGAUUAAAAGAUAUGAGUUGGAUCUGUUCGCUGUGGAGGGCAACAUUCGGCAGGCUCUAAGUGAAGUGCAGGAGAAGAGACCUGAGCUCCGUGCCGUUCUCAUGGGCACCAGACGCACUGAUCCAUACUCACACACUCUCACUGCCCUCUGCCCCACAGACCCAGACUGGCCUCCCUACAUGAGAGUUAACCCAUUACUGGAUUGGACGUAUCAUGACAUCUGGUCAUUCCUGAGGACCCUUUAUGUGCCUUACUGCAUUCUCUAUGACAAAGGCUACACUUCACUAGGCAGCAUGGAUAACACUUUCAGGAACCUCUCUCUUCAUGUGGUGGACAGCAGGGGUAUAACCCAUUAUAAACCUGCCUACCAGCUGGAAAAAGAGGAAGAAGAGCGCAGCUCAAGGACGUGAUGUACAAGUGGUGGUCCAGAUAAAGCCAUGCUCAAGAGAAAGGAGCAGUCAUCACAGAGGGAUUGAGACAACAGGGAAAAACUGGCAAACAGCAACAUACAUUUCAUUCAUCUUCAGUAACUGUUCUGUCCUGCCGAGGGUUGUGGUGGUUCCGGUGGUUCCGGAGCCAAUCCUAGCAACACUGGAUUCAAGACGGGAGAAUUUACCCCGAGUGGGAUGCUGGGUGGGAUGCCAUCGCAAAAAUAGCAACAUAUAAGAUAUAACAUAUAAGAUAUAUUUCCCAUGCCAUUAUAAGAACAUGUAUGUGACUGAGAGAGGGACAUACCUGUAACUGUAUGAAAUAUGAUCUGCAUUAAAAUUUUGUCCUGUUUUCCCUCCUUUUAAUGUUUUAAAUGUUUUACUUGACUGAAUUUUAUGUUGGUUUGUUUGUACAUUAGAAGAGAGUGACCAAAAGACUGAAUGGAUUAUAUAGUAUGUUAAUAAAGUUUUAACGGUA